AAAUAAUUAAAUAGCUGAAAAGGAAAAAAAAAAAAAAGCUCAAUAAAAUAAUAAAAUGUAAUCAAUUUGGGUCUUGCGAUUGAUACCAGCUGGUUGCUAGGGAAGAAAGAAAGAAACCGACCUCGAAGCUGCCAGCGACACAUAGCGCCUCACCCUAACCCCCACUCCCGGUGACUUUUCCGGCAGAGUUCACCGCCACUGCCGUCGCCCGCAGUCCCACACACCCGGCGACUUCCCUCUCAGCCUGAAUGCCUAAAUUUUGUCCAUCAUCUUGGCUGGUCUGAUUUCUGAUUUGCAGUAAACAUCACAAUGUUGCUUAAGCCUAUCCACAAUUCAAAUAGAAGAACUACUUCAUACUUUCUGUCGUCAUUGGGGAAAUAUUUCUCCACUUCGAGACAAUCUGCAGUUGAUUUGGCUUCCAAAGAUGGAGAAAUGAGGAUAUUUUUAGUUGCAGGAGAAGCUUCCGGAGAUGCUAUUGGUUCUCGUUUAAUAGCCGCCUUAACGAAGCUUUCACCAUUCCCAAUACACAUUGCUGGAGUUGGAGGAUCUAUGAUGGCAAAACAUGGAUUGAAAUCUGUUUUCCCCAUGGAAGAUAUUGCUGUAAUGGGGAUUUGGGAGUUGUUGCCACAUCUAAAUAAGUUCCAAGUUAGACUGAAGCAAACAUUUGAAGCUGCAAUCUCAUUUAAUCCUCAUGUCAUAGUGACAAUUGAUUCAAAGGGAUUCUCUUUUCGUCUUUUAAAGCAAUUAAGGGCUAGAUAUGGGCAAAAAGGACCUUUACACUUCCAUUAUGUAGCACCAUCUUUUUGGGCAUGGAAAGGAGGUGAAGCAAGACUUAAGGGACUUUCUGAGUUUAUUGAUCAUGUCUUAUGUAUUCUUCCAUUUGAAGAGGAGGUUUGCAUAUCUAAUGGACUACCUGCAACCUUUGUUGGCCACCCCAUUCUAGAAGAUUCCCUUGACCUUAACUCGGUUGCUACAGAAAAGGGAUGGAAGGUGCAAGGAAAUGCUGACAUGUUCAGGGGUAAAUACGGAAUUUCCUCAGGUUCAAGAAUAUUGAGUCUGCUUCCUGGAAGUAGAUUACAAGAAGUGACACGUAUGCUUCCAAUUUACUCAAAAACCAUGAACAUGUUAAAGGACUCUAUUCAUGACUUAAUGAUUGUUAUCCACGUGGCACCUAACAAACAUGUAGAAGAUCACAUCAAAAGAACCACCAAUGAGUGGCCGACACCUAUCGUACUGGUUCCUGGAGGAUCACCCCACACCAAAUAUGAUGCAUUUAGUGCAAGCAGUGUGGCGUUAUGUACAUCGGGGACAGCAGCGAUGGAAUUGCAACUUGCGCGAUUACCAUGUGUUAUCGCGUAUCGAGCCCAUUUCCUAACAGAAUGGGCGAUAUGUUAUAAAGCUAAAAUACCUUACAUUUCUCUCCCAAAUAUCCUUCUUAAUUCACCCGUUAUUCCCGAAGCCCUUUUUCGUCAUUGCUCACCCACAAAACUAGCAUGUUUACUCACGGAAGUAAUGUGUAAUGAAGGAGUCCGGGAAGAACAAGUGGUUGCCGCCGAAAGGGUGAUGGAAUUACUAAGGCCGCCACAAGGUGGUAGCUUGAGCUUUGGUAACACUGCGAGUACGAUAGCAGCUCGGACCGUGCUUUAUUAUCAAAAGGAGAAACUUUACGGAUGUGUUUAUUGAAUGGGGCGCUGGACAAACUUUUUAGGGUUAUUUUCAGUGAUGAGGAUGAAGAGUGCAUUCAUGUUUAUUUUUUUUUGACAGACCUUUUAGGGUUAUUUUCAAUGACGAGGAUGAGGACAACAUUCAUUUUUUUGACAGACUUUUUAGGAUGAUUUUCAGCGAUGAGGAUGAGGACAUUUAUGUUUUUUUUUAUAGACAUUUUAGGACUAUUUUCGGUGAUGAGGAUGAGGAUGAGGAUCAGGAGGAUAUUUCAUUUUUUUUUUGGACAAACUUUUUAGGGUUAUUUUCAGUGAUGAGGAAGAGGAUAAUAAAUUACAACUGAGAGAUUGAGCGUCGAAACAUAAUUAGUGAAUUUAUUAAAUUAGUCUCAAUCAAGUUUAAUCUACUAAUUUGCUAAAAACAUUAAAUACCUAUUUACACAAAUAAAAAAAAUGGUUUUUACGUGUGUAAUAGGUAAUAACCACUUAUUUUUUCAACCACCCUUGUCCACAAGUUCAUCUAUUAAACUACUUAUCCAUAACCAAAAUUUAAAAAAAGGGGGUUGUAACCAAUGCAUCAUAAUUCAUAACCAUUGGAUUUUUAAAUCAUUAUUAUCCACAAAUUAACCUACUAAACAACUAUUUACACGAAUACAAAAAACGUUUUGCAACUUUCCAUAUCCAUUGCAAGAAAACAACACAACGAUGAAGCCAAUGGCUUUUCUUUGCCUUUCGGUCAUCCUAAUGGCUUCAAUUUUGAUUCGAGAAACCAAAGCCGAAGCUCCUGCAUGCGAUCCUCGGGACCCGAAUUGUGUUGUAAACCCCUUCAGAAAGAACCCGCUUGUCAUAGAAGGGAGUAAAGAAGAUAAGGAGGCAGAAAGGGAAAAAGAAGAUGACACCCCUGAGAUAAUUAUAGUUGGCCAUAGGAAGAUGUCACGUUGACAAGAAUGUUGUAUUCCUCCUUUGUGUGUAUUAUAAUUGUUAUGUUUUUCUUUU